AUGCCUAAGGCAUACUUUGAGCAUCAGGUGUCAAAACUCCAUCAGGGCAUUUCUGAAACAGCAGGUAUAGAACAGGAACUAUUAGGAAAUAUUUCUCAUACUCCCAGUUGGGGAGGAAACUGUGAGCAGGCCCUGGACCUCAAAGGGCCACAGGGGAACCUUCUGAAAGAGAGCCAGCAAGAGUCCUCUGCCGAGGAGAGGGAUUUGAACAGGCUCCUGGGUGGGUGUGUGCGGCAGAAGCCUGUGUGCACAGAAUGUGGAAAAAGCCUUAACCAGAGCUCCUAUCUCAUGAGACACCUAAGGACUCGCACUGCUGAGAGGCCUUACAAGUGCGCCAAGUGUGGGAAAGGCUUCAAGCAGAGCUCAGACCUUGUCACUCACUGCAGAACACACAAGGGUACGAAGCCCUACCAGUGCCAUGGGUGUGAGAAAAGCUUCCGUGACAGCUCAGCACUCACCAAACAACUGAGGACCUACGCAGGGGAGAAGCAUGACAAGUGGCUAGAAAGCAGGAAGAGCUCUGAGUGGAAGCCACACCUCAUCAUGCACUGAAGGACACACAUGGGAGAAAAGCCCAAUGGGUUCCUCGAGUGUCACAAGAGCUUUAGUCAAAGCUCAAAUUUCAUCACCCACCAGAGGAUCCACAGUGGCAUGAAGCCUUCUAGGUGCAAUGAUGAUGGGAACAGUUUCAGCCAGAGCUCAGACUUGAUAAAGUGCCAGUGGAUCCACACAGGUGAAUGGUCUUCCCAAUGCCUGGAGCGCAGGAAGUGCUUCUGGGACAGUUCUCAUUUUGUAGCUCACAUGAGUACUCACUUGGGAGAAAGGCCUUUCUGUUGUCCCAACUGCCACAGAAGUUUCAGGCAGAGCUCACACUUGGUCACACGCCAGCAGAUGCACACAGGUGAGAGACCUUUUAAGUGCAUCGACUGUGGAAAAGGAUUUACUGACAGCUCUGCCCUUAUUAAGCACCAACGGAUCCACACAGGCGAAAGACCCUACAGGUGUGGCGAGUGCGGGAAAAACUUCAACCAGAGCUCUCAUUUCACAGCACAUCAGCGGAUCCACUUAGGAGACAGAUUCUACCAGUGCGCCGAGUGCAUCAAGACUUUCAACCAGUGUUCCCAUUUCCUCACACACCAGAGAACACAUACAGGAGUAAAACCUUUCCACUUCAGUGCAUGUGACAAGCGCUUCUGGCAGAAAGCGCAUCUUCUGUGCCAUCAAAAUACCCAUUUGGUUUAGGAAAUGUUCCUUAAAGGUUCCUUGCUCCCUUCUAAAUUUCCAGUGCUAUUGUCUUCAGAUCCCCCAGAGCAAACCUGGAAAUGGGUGGCUCAAUUCAGAAGCCAGUCUGUUUUGUCUUUCCAGUGUUACAAUGAGCAGGACGUACUCACAGGGUCCAGAUAAUGUUCUGAGCACAAGACAUUUGCUCAGCGUGUGUUAACCAGCUCUUGGGGAAAUUUGAGUUUAAUAGUUGCUAC